AUGUCAUGUGCCUUGCGAACAAUACCACGCCUGCCAGCCAGGGCUGGCCCCACAGGCGGACUUUGCAAGUGCGCACGCCCGACCGACUAUACCAAAUCAAUCGCCAGCUCCGUUUCGAGUGAUCCCUGGAGGAGAAGUUUUGCUAGCAACACUUCCCUCCUUCGUCCCAGGUUGGGAUCAUCCUCCAACUCGCACUCGAUGGUCUUUGGAGCGUCCCUUUCAUCCGCUGCAUCGACACGAGGCUUUGGAUGGAGUAGCUGGCGUAGCACUGCGCAAGUCCAGGAGACGGGUUCCGGCGCCAACUCUGCUGGUGAAGCUUCGAACCUUCGGGCAUCUUCAGCGCCUUCGGACGGCGAUACACUCACCGCAGCUCCAGCAUUCGACUCUCCAAGCAACGUUCUGGGCGAGGGGUCGCUACAGACUGCCGCUGCAGAUGCUGCCUCUUCCAUCUCAUCUCAAACAGUCUUUGGCACUUUGGGCGAAUCGCUGGAUCGCAGCUUACAGCCCGUAGUGGACUUGCUGUGCAAUCUGCCCUCCAUCCUGCACCUCGAAUGGAUCUCUCACCCAUACGCAAUAUCCAUUCUGGUCUUCACUUUUGCCCUUAGAACGACUUUCACGCUGCCCAUGACGCUCUGGGCUAG